CAACCCGAGAGUGUGCCACGGCUGCAGUUGCGGCCACGACGCGCUCCGUGAUACGCUGCAUUCAUUCCACAUCGACUCGUAGCGUAACAAAAGCCACAGCAGCGAAUAUUGUGCGGAGAAACACGGACAAGUCAUGCCCUCCAAAAACAAAACCAAGAACGCUAGCUCCAGCGACAAACCCGCUGCGAACCCCCAGGAUGACGCACCGAAGAAGAUCCCUAAAGUCAGUAAAGCAGACAGUUCUGCAAACUCCAGGUCGGGCUCGGGAAAGAUCUCCAAGUUUCUGUCUGCUCUGUCCUACUUGGUGUUAGUGUCUGGAGCAGCCUUCGCCUCUUUCUACCUGCAGAGAGUGCUGACUGAAGUGAACCAGAUCCGCUCAGAAAGUGAAGAAGCCCUGCAGAAAAACGCCGAAGUGCUCCAGAAAGUAGAACAUGCUCUUCUACAGGUGAAUUCUAUGAAGUUUUCUCUGGAGGGUGUGGAGGCUGCAGUGGGCCGUACUCAAGCCGAACUGGAAAGCACCAAUCGAGCCAUAAUAAAGGGGGAAACAGAAACACGAAGGGUUGAGGAAGUGCUCCAGAAACUCCAGAACGAAAUCCUUCGUGACCUCUCCGAAGGGAUCCGGGAAGUGAAACAGGCACGGGAGCAUGAUUUCUCUUCUCUGGAGAAAACUUUGGAGGUGCGCCUGGCUGAGCUGAGUGGCUCCAUUGCUGACAGCGUAGCCGAGUUCACUGGUGCUCAAGAAGAAGCUCAAGCCCAGCUCAGUCACCUUAAAAUUCGACUGGAAGAGCACAAUGAGCCUGGUAAUCUCAAAGAUGAGCUUUUGUCCAUCACCACUGCUGUGGCUGGACUUCACACUGCAAAUGAGGUGGCAGAAGGCAACAUAGGUGUUCUCAGAGAACAGAUUGUGUCAGUCAGUUCAGAGCUGCAGACGAGGAACAAGGAAGUGGUGUCCUUGGCUGAGGAAAUCGAGGCAGUCAGGUCUCUAGUGCAGUCUACUGCUGGCUCAUUGAGGCAGGAGGUAUCCACAUCACAGGCCAAGGUGCAGACCAUGUCUGACCAGAUCCAAAGUAUGAAGGAUGACCAGCUCAUAACCAGUCAGGCCCUGCAGAGCCUCCAGACAGACAUGAGGGGAGAACUGUCUAAAACAGAGACCAGGGAAGACGACCUGGAGGCCAGGGUGAAAGCCACUGAAGAAAGUAUAGAAGCACUGGAAAACUCUGCCACAGAGCAGGCGAGCCGAGUGGAGGCUUUUCUUUCCAAAUAUGACACUCAGGAGAGCUCAUUAGCUGCCCAGAGCCAGGAGGCUGAGAAUGCAAGGCAAGCACUAAAGGAAGAGCUGGGGGGAUUAAAAAGUAGCCUUGGAGAGCUCCAGGCCAGCAUAGAAGCUUUGUCUGACACUAAUGCCAGGUUAGAAGUUGAUGAGGCUUGGGGAGAGCCAGAGCUACAAAAUGACGAUGCUCAGAAAGAAGAGGAAGCGGCAUCAGAAGUUGAGGAGGAGACAGGAGCAGAAGAGGUAGUUGAGGAGGAGACAGGGGCAGAAGAGGUAGUUGAGGAAGAGGAAGCACCAGAAGUAUUUGAGGAAGAGCCUGCAGCUGAGGAGGCAGUUGAGGACAGUUUAGUAACAGAAGAGGCAGUUGAUGAAGACUCAGUUACAGAUGAGGUAUCUGAGGGGAAGAAUGAAGUUGAGGAAUUGCCAUUAGAGGAGGAAGAGGAGGAGGAGAGACAGUAAGUAAAGCAAUCUAUAGUCUAAACCUUUAGGUGGUAAAAUAUCAUAUUGGAAAAGGUCAAUGGACUGAUUCUGUGAAUCUGAAAAAUACAUAUCCUGCACUGUUGUUUUUUUCUUCGUGGACUUAUUUUCUUACGGGCGUCUUCCAAUCCAAGCUGCUCUAAAAGUUCUGAAUGUGUCAUGAAUGCUCAGUUUUCCAAUAAAAUAUUUAAAACAUAAA